AUGCCUGACAUUCUUGUGCUCGGAGCGACUGGCUACACCGGCCGCUUUACCAUUAAAGCCCUCGAUGAGCACCCUCAGCGCGACCAGUUCACCUACACAUCGCGUACAGUUGUCAUCAACUGGCGGGGCCGUAUUGGUUAUAUGGGCAGAAUGUGCAGAGUAUCCGAAGCUGAGGCGGUCCUUCAGAAAGGGCUAUAUACUGACACAUCGCUCCCGGUUACUAGCUUCGACUACCUUGCGACAAAGACCGGCGCGAUCCUCAUACCUGCAUGCGGCUUCGACUCUAUCCCAAGCGACAUCCUCGUCCAUCUCUCUAACCGCACGAUCAAGAAUGCGUUGGGUCCGACAGCAGCGUUGGGUCUCUCACAAACAUACUUCUCGGUCGGAGGCGGGUUCUCUGGCGGUUCGGUCGCAUCUCUCAUGGCGGAGCUUGAACAAGUUCCGGGCCAUUUGGCCAAGGAGGCUAGGAGUGAUUGGUCCCUGAGUCCUGGUGCGUCUUCCUACUGCUCGUCAUCCUCCUCUCGUCUCAAACCCGGUGCUUCAAAUAGUGCGUGGUCUCCCAUGUCCGACACCCUCCCUCGCCACGCCCGUGCCUUUUACGUCCCGCAACAAUACGCCGGAUGGUGGGUCAUCGCGGCCCCCAAUCGCGGUUGUGUCCAGCGCACGUGGGGUCUCAACGAGCUCGCGGUCGCUGCCACUUCCUCCGCGAGUGUGAAGGAGCGCAAGUUCCGCUACGUCGAGUACUUUGUCACCGGCACGUCGAAAGUGACGGCCACUGCGGUGAGCGUGGGGAUCCUGGUGUUUUUCACAUUAGUGACAUACUGCGCGCCGGUGCGAUGGUUGUUCAAGAUGCUCAUGCUGCUCCAGGAUCUGACAUGUCAAGGAGGGCACAUGGGAAAUCACGAAUGUUACCGAGUGUGCGUCUUCACCGGGCGUGUACGCCAAAUCACCAUGCGCGGUACUGGUAAUGUGGGCUACUACAAGACUGCAUACAUGCUCGUUGAAUCCGCUCUCGCACUGCUCCUUGACGACGCCUCUCUUCCCGAGGCAGCGCGCGCAGGCGGUGUCCUCACACCCUCGACGCCCUCGGGGGUGUCCUGGUUAGCCGUCUCGAGGCGCACGCGAAGAUCCAGUUCGAAAGCCAGAUAA